AAAAGACGAAAGACGAACUGCGACGGACGUCCCGCGAUCUGGCGGCCGCCAAGGAAGCCGAGAUCAGGCUGAAGGCGAACCACNNGGCGAACCACGAAAACAUCGAGAAGGAGAUCCCGCAGUGGAAGCAAAGGGUCGAAGAAUUGAAGAAGGCACGAGACGAAUCUCACGAAUCCCACGCCAAGGAACUGGGAUCGCUUCGAGACGAUCUCGCGAGGGAGAAAUCGGCGAAGGCGAGCCACUCGGACGAGAUUGAAAAUCUUCGAACGCAGAUAUCUUUUCUUAAAGAAAAGGAAUCGAAACUGAGAAGAGAAACAGGUAAGUUGCAUGCGGCCCUAAAGGAACGGGAAGAGAAGCAUCUCGAUCGGAUAGCUAAACUGGAAUCCGAUAAGAUUUCGCGAUCGGCCGAAGCGGAAGAGGCUCUUGACGAGUGCUCGUCCCUCUCGGAGAAACUGAAGCUCGCGACCGAUUCCGAACGUCGGUCGAAUGAGGACCUUCAUAGGUGGCAAGCCGAGAAGAGGUCGUGGCAAGCGACGGCCGAACGACGUUCGGCAGAUCUCGACAAGCUUCGCGACCUGCUGAAUACGUCCGAAAGAGAACGCGCAAAUCUUGAGUUCCAACUUUCGAACGUUGACAAGAAUGUAACGGAUUCGAAAGAAACGGAUUCGUUGAAGCGGGAGCUGGAAAGACAUCGACAGGAGAUCCGACAACUCGAACGACUUCUGAGCGACGAAAAGAGGGAGAAGUCGGGUGAAUCCAACGAUAGAAUGAUUUCGGAACUAAGUAAAGAACUCAAAACGGUCAUCGACGCGCGCGAUAGACUGGUGAAAGAGAACACCGAAAUGGAAAAGAGGCUAUCGGAAUCGGACAAAAGUCGAAGAAUCGGUGUUUUCGAAGAACAAGGAAGACAAAGAAUUAAUUCGACAGAUAUCCUAUCUGACGAACGAAAUAGAAACA